AUCCUAAAUACUAAAGAUGGCUACUACACUUACACUUCAGUUUCUCACUUUAGUCCUUUUCUUCUUUAUGAUUGGCAAAAGCAUCAAUGCGAGAGACUUGAAAGUAGAGCUGCGAGAUCAAAAUCAAGUGGAUUCAAAUGGUGCCUACAUAACUGCUUAUAAUCAUGAAGCCAAACAACUAGAAUCAAAUAAACCUUACAUAACUGGAUAUGGUAAACAUGAAGCCAAACAACCAGAAUCAAAUGAACCUUACAUAACUGGAUAUGGUAAACAUGAAGCCAAAGAACCAAAUUACAUUACUGGGUAUAAGACCCAUAACCAUGAAUCCAAUGGUCCUUACAUAACUCAAUAUGGUAAACAUGAAACCAAGCAACAAAAUUACAUUACCGGGUAUAGGACCCAUAACCAUGAAUCCAAUGGUCCUUACAUAACUCAAUAUGGUAAACAUGAAACCAAGCAACAAAAUUACAUUACCGGGUAUAGGACCCAUAACCAUGAAUCCAAUGGUCCUUACAUAACUCAAUAUGGUAAACAUGAAACCAAGCAACCAAAUUACAUUUCUGGGUACAAAUAUGUCAUUGAUCCAAAAGGCCUCCCAUCUACCAACUCCGUAGAAGAUCUCCCAAUUCCUAACUUGGAUCAUACAGAAGCUUUCAAGACAGGAUAUUUCAGUUUUGAUGAUCUUCACGUUGGAAAUGUAAUGACCCUCCAAUUUCCGGUCCAAGAAGUUUCUCCAUACCUCUCAAAAAAAGAGGCCGACUCCAUUCCUUUCUCGAUGUCACAACUCCCAAGUAUUCUUCAACUCUUUUCAAUCCCUGAAGAAUCUCCUCAAGCCAAAUCCAUGAGAGGAGCACUUGAAGAGUGCGAAGGGGAAACCGUUACAGGGGAGACAAAAAUCUGUGCCAAUUCUCUAGAGUCCAUGCUCGAAUUUGUUGACACAAUUAUUGGUUCAAACGUCAAAUAUAGUAUUCUAACCACGAGCAACCCCUCACCCAGAACUACCCCUCUACAAAAGUACACUGUUUUAGAAGUAUCACAUGAUAUUGAUGUUCCCAAAUGGGUAGCUUGUCAUCCCCUUCCAUAUCCAUAUGCCAUUUACUAUUGCCAUUACAUUGCCACAAAGACUAAAGUGUUCAAGGUCUCACUUGUUAGUGAUGAGAAUGGAGAUAAAAUGGAAGCUCUUGGAGUUUGCCAUUUUGAUACAUCUGAAUGGAACCCUAAUCAUAUUAUAUUCAAACAACUUGGGAUUAAGGCUGGGAAGAAUUCUCCAGUGUGUCACUUUUUCCCUGUGAACCAUCUUAUGUGGAUUCCAAUCUAGCCAUCCCAAAGCCACUAUGUGAAAUGAGUUUGUCUAUCUAGAUUUGUAUAAUAAAGGUUUUAUCAAUCUUACCAAUGAUGCUGGUGAGUGUUGAGUGAUGACCAAUUUCCUAUUUGUAUGUCUUGUUAUUGUUACUUGUUUUAUGUAAAUAUUAAGCU